AUGUUCUUCCAGCGAGGCGCGCGCGCAGUGCGUUCGCAGUACCGUGUAUACCAAGGCCUGUCCCGCUUCCUCGACUCCGGCGCUCGUGGCGCCUACGCCGUACCCGGGAGGAAUGGCUUCCACUCGACGAGAAGUCUGCAGGUAGUGAAGCCGGUGUUACUGGCAGACAUUGGUGAAGGAAUCGUCGAAUGCGAGAUCAUCCAGUGGUUUGUCGAGCCAGACGCGCGCGUCGAGGAAUUCUCGCCCCUGUGCGAGGUACAAAGCGAUAAGGCCUCGGUCGAGAUCACCAGUCGCUUCUCGGGCGUCGUCAAGAAGCUUUAUUACGAUGCAGGCGAGAUGGCCAAGGUCGGCAAGCCUUUUGUCGAUAUCGACAUACAAGGAGAUGCCAAAAAGGAGGAUCUCGAGGCCUUGACGGCACCAGAGCCCUCGCAGGGUGAGGGCGCCGGUGAGCCCAUGAAUAAAGAAAGCUUGAGCAAGCCACCGGAGACACCGGAGACGGCCCAGCCGCGCGCAGAGAAAGCACCGCCGGAGAGGAGCGGGGAGAAGCCGCACAAGUCGACUGGCAAGUAUGCCUCAUUAGCGACGCCUGCCGUACGGCAUUUAUCAAAAGAGCACGAUGUCGAUAUUACGGAUAUACAAGGCACGGGGAAAGACGGCCGUGUCCUGAAGGAAGAUAUAUACAAAUUCGUGGAGGCUCGCAAGUCUGGCGGCACUGCAGCAACUCCAAGCGCAGGAGACUUUUCCUACGCCCAACCACAAGACACGACAACGCAAACCGAGACGUCGGUCCCGCUUACCAAUAUUCAGACUCAGAUGUUCAAGGCCAUGACCCGCUCCCUCAACAUCCCACACUUCCUCUACACCGAUGAGAUCGACUUCUCCCAGCUGUACUCUCUCCGCCAACGUCUCAACAAGGUCCUCACUUCCUCACCAGCACAAGGAGAAGGCGAUGUGUCCAAACUCUCUUAUCUCCCUUUCAUCAUAAAAGCCGUCUCGCUGGCACUAUACCAGUACCCGAUACUAAACGCACGGGUCGACGUUGACUCCUCAGCGAGUCAAAAACCAAGCGUUGUGCACCGUAGCCAGCACAAUAUCGGCAUCGCCAUGGACACACCGUCAGGGCUGCUGGUGCCCGUGAUCAAGAACGUCGGCGCCCGCAACAUCCUGUCCAUCGCAUCGGAGCUCUCCCGCCUGCAAGCCGCGGCCACCGCUGGCAAGUUGUCGGUCCAGGACCUCAGCGGCGGGACCAUCACCGUGUCCAACAUCGGCAACAUCGGUGGUACCUACCUGUCGCCUGUGAUCGUCGAGAAGGAGGUGGCGAUUUUGGGCGUGGGCCGCAUGCGCACCGUGCCAGCUUUCGACGAGAAUGACAACGUUGUCAAGAAGCAAGUUUGCAAUUUCAGCUGGAGCGCCGACCACCGCGUAGUGGACGGCGCGACCAUGGCGCGGGCUGCCGAGGUCGUGCGGCGCGUCGUAGAGGAACCUGAUGUUAUGGUUAUGCACUUGAGGUGA